AUGGCACACAAAGAAUUUGCAUCUUCUUCUUUUCCCUCAAACUCCAACAAUGAUUCCUCAGAAAACAACCCUGGUAUAUUUUCUAUACAUUUAGAUAACCCUCUUUCUAGGGUGGGAUGCAACAACGAGUUCACAGUCUCUAACACCACCACCAACACCAACAGCAAUGACACAUUGGUCAUGCCACUUCCAUCAUCUACACAACCUUCAUUUGGUAGGUAUGUGGAUCAACCAUCAUCUGGUAGGUAUGUUAAUCAGCCUCAAGAUCCACCGGAGGACCCUACCAAAUCCUCAUCUGAAAAGAGAAUGGGUAGACCAUUGGGCUCUAAGAACAAGCCCAAACCACACAUCGUUAUCGAGGAAGACACAGAAAACUUCACAGAGCUGGUAGGACUUGAGAUCCCAAUAGGAGAAGAUAUUGUAGAGUAUAUAAUCAAAUAUGCUCAACAACGUCAAGCUAACAUAAUAGUGUCGAGGGGUUUCAGACUUAUCUCUAAUGUUACCAUUCUUGCUCCAGGAUCUCGUGACCCAUUAUUACCCAUCGAAGGACCCAUACAUAUGACAUCUUUAUUUGGAACAUAUAUAAAUCCACAUUGUCAAUGUUCUCCUCCACAGUUCAUAGCUCAUCCGCCAUGUUCCUCUUUUACCGUAUACUUCUCUAGUCCUAAUGGAUAUGCGUUUGGAGGAGUUGUUGGUGGAAAGAUUACUGUUGCUAGUGUUAUUUUUAUUAAUGCCACUAUUUCUAGGAAAACAACGUUCCACAAGGCAAACUCCACCAAUAGAAUUGUUUGA